AUGGAUGAAAUUCGCAAGCGAAAGUUGCCCUUCAUCGGGGAUGAUGGUCAACAGCGCUAUCCAUCUUCAACCCCACUACCAGAAGAGGUUGACGAGGGCGAUGAGAUGUGUUUUGGAUCUGAUCUAGAUGUCCUAAAAAUUGUGCAGAUAAUCGACGUUAAAACUCAGUUAUGUGGUUCAGGGGGUUUGACUGAUUUUCCCAUGGUCCCGGAAUUUGAAGAACAGCCAUUUGAUCUUCUACGUGAAGGAGACUUCUUUUCACUCACAAAUGGCCAAUCAAAGAUUUCUCUCCUGGAUAAGAAGAAAAGUAGUGAUCUUUCUGCACUCACAGAAGCUUUUGAAGUUCGGCUUCAGGCCUUCACUUCAGCCAGCCAUAUCCUUGACACUAUUCAUUCUUCGGAAGAAGGCGCUUGGGACAGUCCCGCAAAGUCAUUAUCACUGGCAGUUGAGAUCAAUAUCUAUGGCUCCGAGAAAGACGCGAAAGAAGUGGGAAUUCUUCUCGGCAAGACCCAGAAUUUUCUACAGCCUCCUCGCUAUGGACUUGAGAAGAUGACAUACAAGAACCCUCAAAUUCUUUCAAUACCUGGCUUUUCCGAGGAAACUCGUAUCCCGCCUAUUUCCAUUUACGAGAAUGACGGGGACAACUCAUCCCACGAAGAUGAACAGGCUGUGUCGCAGGAUGACGAGGUUGAUAAUGUUGAUGACUUUUUGGACACCGGUUUAAGGCACGAGUCAAGAGCUGACAUAUCAGUCGAUCGCCGUAUCCAGACUGAACUUCGCGAGUAG